AUGGCGCGAUGCAACCUUCAGCCGGACUUCGCCAAGUUCUCGGCGAAGAACACCCCGGACGCGCGGAUCAACAACUACACCCGCCUCCAGCCCAGCCUAGCGAAGAUCGGGGUGCAGCUGGACACGCGCACGGUGACCUCGCUCGUGCGCGAGGAGAGGGGCGCGGCGACGCGGCUGCUCUCCUCGCUCAGGAUGAACCUGGAUGCCAUGGUGAGAGACGUGGAGAAGGCCAAGGUGGGGACCAGGCUCGGUCAGACGGCCAUGAGCGCCAGGACCGUGCCCUCCCUCGGGGUGGCUGAAUCUUUCCGUCGCGCGGGCGCUUUCAACACCGCCAGGAGCGGGUACGACUCGCAAAUCGCGAGGCAAUUCGAGACGACGCUGCGGGUCAACGAGGACAGGCCCAACCUCGUCAUGGAGCAGGCGCACGUCGCGAGGUUCGCCCAGGAGAAGUACCGGCAUCAAGAGCGGGUGGUGGCUGAUCACGUAGCGAAAAAGGAGGAGAUGCUCCGGGAGCUUCGGGACCGACGGUCCCGGCAGGUGGAACGAUUCAACUCCACGCGCGAGUCGAAGGCGGCGAACGACGCGGCCGCCAUCGCGUCGCACCGGAGGUACAUGAGCGAGCUUCGAAGGAUGGAGCGCACCGAGGUUGAGAUUGAGAUGGCCAUCGCCGAGAAGGAUCGGCUGGCGCGGCUGGACCGGACGCUCGCGUCCAAGGCGGACACCGUGGACGGCAUCGACGAGUUUGAGAAGAACCUGGAGCGCAUGAGGGAAGAUCCCAAGACGUCACGGAUCAAGGUGCUGGGUAAGAACGUGGUGGAGGCGAGCGCGGAGCUCACCGUGGGUAAAAUCAAGCCCCUCACCGGCGUUGACCCGGUAGAGCACCUCAACUCGAUGCAGAACUCUCUGCCCAGCGGUAAGAUAAUGCAGCACUUCGGCGACAGGUACAUGGACAAGGUCCGCGCGAAGGCUGCCGAAGAAAGGGACGCGAGGAAGGAGAGGGAGGCUCGCAGGCACAAGCUCCUCGUGGACCAGCAGCGAACCAGCGCCGCGUUCGAGGCGAAGAAGCGUCAGGACGACCUCCUCAACGCGCUCUCCGCGAUGUCGCAGCAGGAAACCAGGGUCGCCGCGCGUCUCAAGGACCUGGAGAUUGAGCGAGAGACGAUGCGGGAGAACAGGCAGAAACGAAACAACCUGUACGAGUCCCAACGCGCGGCGGAUUACGAGGCUUCGCUCAGACGGGAGGCUACCCUCGCGGCGCAGAGGAGAGCGGCGUACAAAGCCGCCGCCCGCGCCGAGGCUGAGGACUUUGCCGACGCUGAGCUCGCCAGGAAGGCUGCGGAGACGGAGGACGUGCGCAGGUUCUGCGAGGACCUGGUGUUGGCCGUGUGCGGGUUGGCGGGACGGUGCGCCGACUUCAGGGAGGCGUCCGACUGCGAGAAGGUGCCGCGGAAGGAGUGGCGCGAGUGGACGCACCUCAUCGUCGAGGGCCUGCCCCUCCCCUUUGCGCUCCCCGAGGCGGAGGAGGAGGUCAAGGAGACACCGCCCGAGGUGACCGCGUUCGACAGAGGCACGACCAAGGACUACCUGACCGGCGCCGGCGAGUGGGACCCCGAGAAGGAUGAGUUCUUCGUCGAGCCCGAGCCGGAGCCCGAGCCCGAGCUGGAUGAGGAUGGCAACCCCGUCGAGCCCCCAGAGCCGGAGCCGGAGCCCGAGCCCGAACUCGACGCCGACGGCAACCCCAUCGUCCCGGUUCCCGAUCCGGAACUGAAAGAUAUCUUUCCCAACGCGGCGCUCGCGUCCGCGGUGUUUGACCUCUCCAUGCUCACCCUCCCGGUGCCGGAGAUUCCCCCGACUCUGCCCGACCUCGCCGGCGUUCAGGUUCGCCUGGCGGUGGCGGGCAUGCCCUUCGCCGGUAAGUCCACCGCGGUGGCGGCCAUCGCGGAGGCGCAGCGCCUGCAGAUCAUAAACCCCGAUAUCCUGGUCAAGGAGGCCAUGGCGGAGGCUGCGGCGUGGGACGCCGAGGAGGAGGCUCGCGUCGCCGCGUCGCGUCCGGCGGAUGACGCCGACACAGCUGUCGACGCGGAUGGCUCGGGGGUCAACCCCGUGGGUACGCCCGCCGAGGGGGGUGCCGAGGGGGGUGCCGAGGGAGGUGCCGACCUAAACGAUGACGCGCCCGAGCCAGCCGAGUCCUCCUCUCCCGCGCCCCGGUCGCGCAAGGUUGAGCUUGGCUCCGUCGCGCUCGCCGCCGACGGCGCCGGCGAGCCGAUCCCCCCCGACGUCGUCGCGGCUCUCGUCGCCAUGGCGAUCGGGGCCCUCGCGCCGCCCCCGCCGCCCCCGCUCACGGUGGUCCCCGAGGGUGACGACCACGAGACUGCGCUCGAGGCUGCCAAGGAGGCGGACGCGGCGGCUAUGGCCGAGUGGAGGGCUUCCCUGGACGCUGAGGACCGCAAGCGGGGGUUCGUCAUCGACGGCUUUCCCAACAGUCACGAGGAGGCGGCCGCGCUGGAGAAGGCGCUCACCGGUCUGGACCCCGCGCGCGAGGAGUUCGUGCGCGGGCGCGUGUCCAUCGUCGCGCCCAUGCGGGAGCACGAGGUUGCGGCCAAGGCGACGCCGACGUUUAUAAGCGGCUUGGACGCGGUCGUCGUGCUCGAGCUUCCGACGGAGCCCGACGCGCAGGCCGCGACGAGACGCGCCAUGGGGCGCAGGAUCGACGCCAUGACCGGCAAGAUCUACCACCUGGAGUACGAUCCACCCCCCGAGGACGAGCCCGGUCUCAUCGAGCGACUCCAGGACCUCGUGCCCCCGGAGGAGGCUCGGGUGCACGAGCGCAUGAAGGAGUGGGGAGCCGGCGUGGAGAAGCACGAGAACUGGCUCAAGAAAUUCGCCGGCCUGCGCGUCGGUCUGGACGCCACCGGCAACGUGGAGGAGGUGGCCGACGCCCUCACCGGCGUGGUGGAGCGCGUGCUCGCCGCCAAGGCUGCCGCCGAGGUGGUCAAGGAGGCUUCCGAGGCCGCCGCCGCCGCCGCCGCGGCGGCGCAAACCGCCGCCGCCGCCGCCGACGAGGCCAACGCCGUGGUCGCCGCGUGCGCCAAGGAACUCCUGCACCUGCGCAAGGCUGAGAUCCAGGCCAAGGAGCUCGUGGGCGCCGCGACGGCCGAGGCUGAGGAGGGCGCAGAUCCGCCCGCGGAGACCGAGGGGGACGCCGAGCCCAAGGACCCGGCGGCUCUCGCGCUCCUCGCCGAAAAAGCCGCCGAGGCUGUCGCCGCGGAGCUCGUCAAGGCUCAGACCGCCGCCGCCGCCGCGGAUAAGGCGCUGGCCGAGGCCGCCAAGGCUGUCGAGGAGGCUAACGCGGCCGUCAAAGCCGCGUCGGAUUCCUCGGCGGGCGCGGAGUCCGUUGCCGAGGCGCGGGAGGCUGCCAAGGCUGCGUGCGAGGCGGCGGCGGCGGCGUCGGUAGCCGCCGGUGAAUCUCUCGAGUCGGCCAAGGCGGCGGGUGAGGACGUCAAGGGACACGUCGAGCGCGCCGAGGCUGCCGCCAAGGCUGCGACCCCCGAGGAGGUCGCCGCGCUGGACCCCGACGCGCCCAAGGAGGGAGAGGAGGGCGAGGGGGAGCCCCCCGCCGACGGCGAGAACGCUCCCGACGACGGCGAGGCUCCCGUCGAGCCCGAGGAGCAGAAACCCGUGCCCAUCGUGCCCGUGCCGCUGGCUCUCGCGGAUGCCAUCUACGAGCAGUGGAGCGGCGCGGAGACCGCCUACCUCGAGGGUAUGCACCAGUGCUUCGCGUCCAUGCGCGAGGAGCGUUCGCUCUCGUUGGCGCACUUUGUGGAUGCGAAGAAGACUUUCGCCGACUUUCUGCGCAGGCCCGACGAGAAGAUGACCGCGGUCCGGGAGUUUCAGUCCAAGUUCAACGACGUGGACCUGGACCACAGGAGGGAUCCGCGGACCAAGGGCGAGCUGCUGGUACGAGCGGACGAGCUUCGGGACGCGCUGUGGGACGUGUGCGACGCCAAACUCCAAGAGGCUGUGGACGAGCGCAAAAAGAUUGUCGAAGACACAUACGUCGCGGAUCACGUCGUCCUCGCGACGAAUCACUACGUCGCCAUGGUGCAGCUGGAGCUCGACAAAUACGCGGAGACGCACGCCGUCCUCGCAGACUACUACACCGCCAGGCGUCUUGGCGCGGAGCUCAAGGAGGAGGGUCCCGAGGUGACGGCGCCGCCGGAUGUGCUCGGCGAGGAGAACCCGCUCCCGGUGCCCGCGGCGGACGGCGAGAACCCCGCGCCGACGUGGCUCAAGGACGCCAUCGAGCUCACGCCGACGCUCGCGGCGGCGGUGUCCGCCGCCUUGGAGUACUUCAAGUCCGUCUCACCCCCCGAGCCCGACCCCGAGAACCCCGAGGAGGCACCCCCCGAGCCGCCCGCCGAGGGUGAGGAGCCGCCGCCGCCAAAGACGGAUGCGGAGCGCGCCGCGGAGACGUCGGCGGCGGAUCUCGAGGAGGCCAUGGCGAUCGAGCGUCACACCGUCAGGUGGAGGAUGAAGCGCAUCGUCGAGAACGCCGUCGCGCACGCCAAGCACCUCAAGCGCGUGGAAGCCAAGGCGCUGGUCCGCCUGGAGGAGUACCUCCGGGGCCGGUACCACCAGGAGUGCAGCGCGGUCGCGGCGCUCGUCGAGGAGAUCAAGUGCGCCGUCGACGAGGAACGAGAGCUCGUCAACGACCUCAUCCUCGACGACGUGGACUUCAUCGUCCUCGAGGAGGAGCUCGCCGUUCCGGACCCGCCGCCGCAGCCCCCGGCGCCACCAGUGGAACCCCCCGCGCGCGGUCCCGGAGUGUUCACCGCGUCGCAGCUCGCGAACCUGGCGGAUGGUUUGUCGUCCGCGGCGAUAUCGGGCGUGAUGACCGCGGGGGAGUGCGCGAGGGUUUUCGCGCGGUGCGCCGCGGUUCUCACCCCCGCGGAUCCCGGCGUGCCCCCGGCGUUUUCCGCGUGCAACGAGGGGGUUUUGGCGGCGGUGGCGAGGUCGUUCGCCUUUGGGGAUUCGCUGUACUGCGAGUGGCGGCCGCUCAUCGUCUCGCUCUUGGCGGACAUGUAUCCCGUCGUCGCGGAUGCGAGCGUGGAGAGGCUGGCGUCCGCCGCCGCGCAGCUCGCCGCCCCCGCGCUCGCCGGUCGCGCCGCCUUUGCCAACGCCAGGAAGCUCUGGUUCCUCCCCUCGCGGGCCGAUUCUUCGCAGGUUGACGUCGCGGCGAUCGUCAUGCGGGCGCUCGCCGACGCGUUCGCGUUUGAACCGGGCGAGGAGGGCGCCGUCGACGUCGAGUCGCUCGUGCUCCACCUGUGCGCGUCGCCCGCGAGCGCGGAGGCGGGGACGAGGAAGGCGCUCGAGCUGGCGAAGGUUCUCGCGCCGCUACAGCUGGUGCCCGAGGCGCGGCGAUUGGGACACACGCAGGACGGGGACGCGGCGGAACCUGACGGAACGAACGGCGACGGGGGUGCCGAGGGUGCCGAGGGUGCCGACUCCGGCGACGCGGUGACGGGAACCAAGCCCGCCCCGACGGAGGAUGGACGGAAGGAAUCCCCGGAGGCGCCGAUCGAACGCGAGCCCACGCCCGAGCCGCCCCCGACCCCGGAGGCGGCGGCGGCGCGGUUCGCCGCGAUGUGCCCGAUGUCGCACGCCGCCGUCGAGCUGCUCACCAGGCACGACGUUCGAGGCGUGGACGUUGACGUGCCCGCGCUGCUUCGAGCCGGGGACGAGGGCGGGGCGGUUGGACUGCUGGCCGAUCCGGCGACGGCGAGGUGGUUCAGCCGGUACCUCGUCCGCGAUCUGCACGCGAUGGUGAAGGUGUGA